GGAUGGUGAAGCCCAUCACUUUUGUACUCGACUAGCUAGCUCUAGCUAGCUAGCUUUCAAGGGGGAGUUCAGUCAGAGUUCGGUGGCUCAUUCUUGGCUUACCAAAUCACUUACUUCCACGAAGCAUCUUAGACAACAAGCCAUCAAUCACCAUGACACCAUCAAAGCCCAAGGAUGAUAUGGACAGCUCGAACAACAGCCACACGGACUGUCUCGAGGACGACCCCAGCUUCCGUCCCAGCACGUUGCAAGUUCGAAGGCUCCAGGCAGUGGACGAGGAGGCAGUGCUGGCAGAAGCAGAGGAAAAGUUGGAACAUCCCUGCAAAAGCAAAGCGAAGUACGUCGUCGGUGCUGCAAUCAUGGUGGUCGUUAUCAUAUUUGCAAUCUUCAUGAUCAGAUCGGUAAAGAACAGUACCCGAGCCUCCUAAAGGUGAAUCUGACGAGCGACAGCCAACUGCGCGGGAACCGUCAGGAUGGUCAUCCGCCACCCUUCACGCAAGCUACCAAUACAAUAUCCAUGCAUGUCAUCACCCUAAAAACAAGGCUGGAGGUUCCAUCCACACUUAUACCAGCCAGUACUUCAGAAAUGGCUGCUGGUGCCACCCGCCACCCGGGUUAUCAUCUACACUCUACACUGCCUUGUAUGCUUUAAAUAUAAUCAAUCAACUACCAGU